CCGGUGUCUGGGCGCUGUGAGUGGGAUGUAGAGGGGAGAAGGCAGAGGAGAGUACAUGCCGCCGCCGGUACACGGGAGCCUCUGCCCCGCUCUCACCGUCCCUUCUCCGUGCACCCCCCACCGCACAGCCGCUGAAUGACGGGCGGACGCUUCGACUUCGACGACGGCGGCACUUAUUGCGGCGGCUGGGAGGAUGGCAAAGCUCACGGGCACGGCAUCUGUACGGGGCCCAAGGGGCAGGGGGAGUACUCGGGCUCCUGGUCCCACGGCUUCGAGGUGGUCGGUGUGUACACCUGGCCCAGCGGGAACACCUACCUGGGCUACUGGGCGCAGGGCAAGAGGCACGGGCUGGGUGUGGAGACCAAAGGCAGGUGGAUGUACCGGGGAGAGUGGUCCCAUGGCUUCAAAGGGAGGUACGGGGUCCGCCAGAGCCUCUCUACACCGGCCCGGUAUGAGGGCACCUGGAGCAACGGGCUACAGGACGGAUACGGCAUCGAGACCUACGGGGAUGGAGGUACCUACCAAGGGCAAUGGAUGGGAGGCAUGAGACAUGGAUAUGGUGUCCGGCAGAGUGUUCCCUAUGGCAUGGCUACGGUGAUCCGUUCACCUCUUCGAACCUCUCUGUCUUCACUUCGCAGUGAACAGAGUAAUGGCACAGUGCUCCAUGACAUUGGAGCCGAUAGUCCUGCAGGGACGCGCGGAGGAUUUGUGUUGAAUUUUCACAGUGAGUCCGAGCUUAUGACCAGCAAAAAGAAAGGUUUGUUCCGAAGAGGAUCGCUGUUGGGUAGCAUAAAGCUACGAAAGUCUGAGUCCAAGAUCUCUAUAUCUAGCAAGCGUAGCUCUGUGAGAAGCGAUGCAGCUAUGAGUAGAAUAAGCUCCAGUGAUGCAAAUUCUACAAUUAGCUUUGGAGAUCUAGACUCUGAUUACUGUCCCCUAGAAGAUCACGUAGAUGCCACCACCACAGAAACCUACAUGGGGGAAUGGAAGAAUGAUAAACGCACUGGAUUUGGAGUAAGUGAGCGCUCAAAUGGAAUGAAGUAUGAGGGCGAAUGGCUGAAUAACAGGAGGCAUGGAUAUGGAUGUACCAUAUUCCCUGAAGGCACAAAGGAAGAGGGAAAGUAUAAAAACAAUGUUUUAGUACGUGGAAUAAGAAAACAGCUUAUCCCGAUAAAGAACACCAAAACAAAAGAAAAAGUAGAUCGGGCCAUUGAAGGAGCUCAAAGAGCAGCGGCUGUAGCAAGGACAAAGGUUGAGAUAGCAGCCUCCAGGACAGCACACGCACGUGCAAAAGGGGAUACAGCUGACCAAGCAAGUUAUGCGGCACGGCAAGAAUCAGAUAUUGCAAGAGCAGUAGCAAGAGAGCUUUCACCAAGCUUCCACCAGCCGGGACCGGAUUAUAUCAGGCAAAAAUUUCAAGAGGUUGUAGAGGUUAAAGAGAUUGUUGAGGAAAAGCUGCCCAAGAAGCCUCCAUCUCCGAAAGAGUCUCCACAUUUUUACAGGUUAGGAACAACUCCUCCAGGAACACCAGAACAAAAACGGAAAGAACCAUCAAAGCCUCCUCCGCAGGAUUUAAAGAGAAAAAAUUCUAACUCUGCUAUGGUACAACCUGCCAAUCUUGAAAGGAAAAGUGCAUCGGCUGAAAAUCUACCUAUUUCUUCCAUUAAACCCAUACCUCCUAAAGCUCCUGUGAAAGAGGAGGCCAUUUCUAAACCAUCACCAAAGGCGUCUUUUAGCCACAAUCCAAGCAGCACAGGGAAUGGGGAGCUGCAUGCCGACUUUCACAACUACUAUAUGAACCCAUCAUUGCCUUCAGUUGUUAAAGAAGACUCCAACCCCAAAAGAUUAACAGUUGCAAAUAUGCCGCCACCCCUAAAGCAAAGUCCCAAGAAACCACUGACAAAGCCAGAAGCCAAAGAGAGCCCACCUGAACCAAAAGUCAUGAAGUUGGAGAAAGCGGCACCAAAGAAGCAAAUCAAUACAGAUUUAGUUCCUCCUGUUGAAAAUGAAAUAAACUCCAGACCUAAUUCAAUCAUGAUUGCCUUGGUGAUGCUUUUAAAUGUUGGGUUAGCUAUACUUUUCGUCCACUUCCUUACCUGAUUGCUGCUGGUACAGUAACGUUCGGACAACCGGAGAUGUUGGCGCACAAUUCCUGUUGUUUGUGUCAUAAGCCGUUUUUAUGGCACUUGUCAAAUACGGAGACAGGAAUGAGAAGGCUUGGGUUUCAGCUUGGAAGAGAGAUCGUUGAAACUUAAAAUAAAAAAAGUGUACAUGUCUAAGCCUGUGGGCCUCUGAUCUCUAGGUAGUGAUUCUUGGGCGCCAUAGAAUAAGGAGGUCAGACGCCAUGUUUGAAGACACAAAUCUGCUGAUACAGUCUAGUCAGUGAAGAAGGCCGCUGUACCUGUCCCAGCAGUGUGUGAUUGAACUGGAAAUGUACAGAGCAGCACUUUUUGUUGACGGAAGCUAACAGCUGCCUUACUAUUUUACUGUCCUGACGUUUAUAGAGUGGAGAUAGAAGAGCCAGUGCCAGCAUAAUGUGCUCAGAGGAUUUAGUUGCUGUGGAUGCAGUUCCAAAGUUUGCUUCUAUCUCCGAAGAAAUAGUUAGCAGCAUCACUCACCAGUCUUAUUCUAUUACCUGCUGCUUUUACCAUCUCCUGCAGCAUGUUGGAAGAUAGUGUCUCAUUUGCUUGUGCUUGGAGGCUAAUUUCUCUGUUCUAGUAUACCUUUAUGGAUAGCCAUGAUUGUUUUAGUUUUUAUUACAGAAAAAUUCACACAGAUUUAUAUGUGGAAUCCAACAAUCUGUAACUAGUCAACAUUUAAAAAAAAAAUGUUUAUCUUAUAUUCUGAAGUUAAAAUAAACCUGUCACAAGCCUGGAGUAUUCAAACACAAUAGGAUAGAUAAUGUUACAACGAAGAGUAGGUUAUUUCUUCAAGUAAUAGUUGUACUUGGUCCCACCCAAGUCUACCUAUUGAUCAGUGAACCCGCCCAUCACUAGGGUAAGCAAUAGGAAGGCAAGGAGGUACAGUCCCAGAUUCUGCUGUUACAGAACAAUUCAACCAUAAAUAGGUUAGAACCAGGGAAACAACCUUUAUAAAUGCAUGUUUCAUCAACCUGUAUCUCUGGCUCUGCUAUAUUGUGUGACUCAAAGUUUUCACUGAAUGUGAGCACUCCUUAUACGUUUUUCAAUUAAAUGCUCAGUUGGUAAUGCCCACAACUGUGACAGGUUUACAUAACUAACCCGUUUUUGAACAUUGAAGGAAUCCAUUUUGUUAAUUGAAUUGUUUAGCUGAAUAAUUUUUCCAGGAACAUACAGCCAGUUUUUCAUUAAGUACGGUAUUAAAGAACUGUGCAACAUUUCAUCCAGACUGUUCCAAUAACAAUUAUAGAAUAGUAGUUUUGAAAAUGUUUGUUAGACCUUCAUACUUCUUAUAGC